UUCUGAUUGGCUAGAAUUGAACAUAGCUUGCCUAGCUAUUUGUGAAUUUAGUAUUAAGACUUUUGUGAAGUGCCCAACAUUCCAGAUAUAUGAGCAAGGGUGUAUAUGACAUGUAUCCCAUCGGGCAUGCGCGAUCUAGUUCAUAUCAAUUCAUAGAAUUACACUGACAGAAUCUAGAAGUCAUCACAGCGAAAUCAUUGACAAGGAAGAAGACAUUGAGGGAAUAGAAGAUGCUGUUUGCUGUAAUUGUCAUAGUAACGUGGUUGCCAAGCACUCUUGGAGGUUCAUGUACUGGUUGCAAUAAGCAACUUAAUGCAUGUAAGAACGAUCUGAAGCAGUGCGAAAAUAAGGGCGGUGUCCAAAGUUGUCCUCCGAACUUCACGUACAACAAGGAUCUUGGGUCAUGUUACAAUUUUGUGACGAGACGACAACUGACAUGGUUCAAUUGCCUUACAGUCUGUAUCGCCAUGGGAGCAAACUUGGUUGCUAUAGAAACACAAGAGGAGUUCGAUUUUAUACACUCUGAAAUCAAACGCAAAGGUAUGAAAUCGCCAGGUGAAUCAGCCGAUUCUUUCUUUACUGGUGGGACGUCAAUAAAUGGGCAUUGGGAGUGGAUCGGUGGAGCGUCUUUUGCGACUCAGCCAAUGUCUUUUGCACCAUGGCGUGGGGUGCAAGGGACAAGUGGGAGUCAAUUGUGCCACGUUCUAUGGGCUCCAGACUUUUAUAGAUGGCACGACCAUCCAUGUUCUUUCGAACAGAAUUUUAUCUGCGAGAUCAAACUGGUUAACUAA